CAGUCGAAUGUUUGAAAUGGUAUUCUGCAAUGAUGAAAUUAAAUUUUACCGAUUAAACUAAAUAUUCAAAACUUUUAUUGCAUCUUCAUUUUGUUUGAUAAAGUAUAAUUCAAAAAUUUUCGUUUAAUAAAGGAAAAAAUUACUAAAGUUAUCAGCGAUGGAUCAUAUUUAUUCGGUUCUCAGACGAAUAAAUGCUAAUGUUUCCCUGAAUACUGACUGGAUUACAGAAGGAAAAUCAAUUCUUUCAGUUUCUAGUCGAAAUACAGUUGCAUUUACUUCAAACACUGAUCUCCAUGAUGGGACAGCUAAAAUAUCAAAAGUCCAUGUAUAUGUAGCUGAUUUAAAUAUGCCAUGGGAAGCUUAUGAAGUCCUUAGUCAUGGCGAAGAUAUCACAUGUUUAGAAUGGGAUAUAAGUGCUACCAAAUUAUUGAUUGCUGAUGCUGUAGGAGGUAUUCAAGUUUGGGGCAUGAAAGAUUUCCUUUUGAAUGAGUGGGCACAAAUUACAACUACUGCAUUUGAAGAAUAUAUCCUUGCUGCUGCCUGGUUUCACAAUGGCAAAAAGAUUGCUCUUAACAUGGAGAAGAAAGAUAAUCCAUUGUAUCUGGAAAAAUAUUCAUUCAUCCGUUUUAAUCCAUCAUUGAAACAGUUUGGUAGUAAACCCAGUGAAGGGUUGAUUGCCAUAACAACAACUGGCAUGGUAUUUGUCUUAAUUCUGCAAUCAGAUGGAAAUAUAAUAACAGCAGCUGAGCUUUUGGGACAGUUUAGAAGUAAAAUAAAAGUUACAGACUUGUGUUAUGCUAAAAGUGGGGACUUUUUAAUUGUCACUACAGAUGGGCUUGUUCAAUCCUCUGUACAUUGUUACAGAGUUGGUUUAAAAGUAAUACAAGAUGAAUGCAUCAUAACUUGUGAACCAUUUUCAAGUUUCUUCCUAAAUUCUCACGCUACUUGCUUGGCUGGUGAUAAACAGAUUUAUUCAAAAGUAACUCAUCUAAAAUUUCUAUUGAGAGAAGCUGCUGAUGCUGUUGUUAUAACUGCAUCUGGUCCAAGUGGUAGUGUAGUGGAAUUGUGGGAGCUUAGAGAGAAGCCGGUUACUUUUAAUAAAAUAUUCAGUAAUCCUUCGUUAGAGAGACAACCCAAAACUGUGGUUUGGCAACAUCACACAUCAGCAACAACAAAUUCUGGUGUUGUAGCAAUGGCAACACCUCGUUUAUCAAUUUAUGAUGCCAAUCCUCCACCAUCAUACAUUUUAGUUGCUUAUAAAGAUAAUUCUAUAAAAUGCUUUUAUAGAGAGUCAUUACAGUUAGCAUGCAACAUUUCUGUAAAUACUAGAACUCAUCACCGUGACGAACAUACUAUGUACAGCCAUCAACAAGGUAGUAAAAACUAUCUUCAUGGUGCUGCCAUAAGUGACAUGCAACUGUCAUGGACAGGUUGCACAUUAGUUGCUAUAGAUUCUCUUUCACAACUUUUCUUAUAUCGCUUAUGCCCUGUAACAGAUAUAGGUGGACCAAUGACAACUUCUUAUGCGUUAACAGUAUUAGAAUAUUGUCUGAUGACUGGAACAGAUUGGUGGGAUGUUGUUUUAAGUUUAAGACCAGGUUGGAUAGAAAGCAUAUGUGAAAAGUUUACAGAAUCAUUUAACCGACAACCAGCUGCUGCUCAACAAGGUUGGAUUUCCCGUUAUCUUUCAAUUAAAGGAUCUCUGUAUAGAUGUCUCAGCAAUGGACUUGCCAAAGCGGGUGACUGCCAUGCUCUGAUAAUGUUAAAUGCUAUAUCAGCAGCCAUGAAGAGUUUACUUAGACCUAGGGAUUUAUCUAGCCAGGAUAAAGGGCCCGCAGAAAAUCUUACAGCAAUCUUAAAUAGCAAAGGUACUGAAGCAGUUUAUCAGAUGGAUAAAGUAUUACUACAUCUUGAGAGCAAAGAAUUCACUGUAGAACCUCCUAUUUUACAAUCUUUGCAGCAUUUGACUCAAUGGGUUGCAGACUGUGCCUUGUACUUAUUAGCUACAUUACCUUACCAAUCGCCAAACCAUAAUAGGUAUCCAGGAGGUGGACUUGUAGCUGACCCAAAAGCUUUAAAUACGUUACGAGAAUUACUUGUAAUAAUUAGAAUAUGGAGCCUUUUGAAUGAAAGUUGCCUUCCAGUGUUUACCAAAAUGGCAGAAAAUUUAGAUGUUCUAUCCCUGCUUUUUAAGCUGCUAACAAAAACACUGCUUGCCCACGGUUCUGAACCAGAUGAUUCUUUGUUAGAUGAAUGCAGCUUGCUUCCAAAUCAAGUGCUUAUUCCAAUCAUAGAGCUUGGAACUCAAGCUUUUGGUGUUGCAAGUCCAGCCUUAUUUAUGAACUCACUUCCUCUACAAUUUGAAUAUUAUUCGCAACCUGAGUUUUUAAAAUAUAAUAGUAAAGUACCUACUAUUGAAGGCACCAUUCCACAAAACCAUAAAAGCGACAUUGUGAGGCAUGUUAGCUUAGGCCGAAAUCCUACUCAUGUACGGCAAUGUACACGUUGCUACAGUUCUUCAAUGCUUAAAGCUGGAGCACGAUCAGCUGCAACAAGAGCUUGGGAUCAACGUUGGCUUCGAUGUUGUCCAUGUGGUGGACAAUGGAAGUUUGUUGAAGUUUCGAAGUCUUGAUCAUGUUUGUAAUACUCAUUUUACUAAUCAUGAACUUGUACAUAUCAUGGACUUUUUAAAUCAUUUAAUAAAUUUUAUAUUUGUCUUAAUCAAUUUCCUUUUGUGUUGUUAGAGCCUAAUAUGU